AUGGACCAACAUGGACCGGGUAUAUCGUUGUUCACCGAUGCCGGCAGCAUCCAUCUCCCGCCAAACGAUAUUGAGCAACAACGAGCCGAGGAAGAGGAGGAUUUGCGAGAUCGACAACAACGCAAGGUGGAGCUAGAGAAGGAUCUGGAGGUUGCCUUUGACGAUCUGCACGGUGAUGAUACGCUCAAUUCGCUAUCUCACAACUAUUCCGAUGAUGAUGAGGAAGGUGAACAACGUCCGAUUCCGUACGCUGGAGGGAUUUACACCGGUCGAGAGAAUUUCAGUGAGAACCCGCCACGGCCAAACCCAUGGCCCGUGCCUGCGGAUCUAAACCCUGACAAGGUGGAUGGCGGAGUGCGCGAGUUACGUCUCUUAUUGGAAUCUAAAACCCGUGAACUCGAUCAUCUUGCGCGUGAAAUGUACGAAAAGGGUCACGCGCACGAGCAGCAGAUCAGUGAACUGCGUAAGAAGGUCAUGAUCGAGGAGGCAGAAAAAGAUCGUGCCAUCAUGGGGCGUGAUCAGACGCGCGAGCUGCUCGUGGAAAGCAAAACCAAAAUUUCCGAGCUAGAAGACACGAAUGACGCGCUGCAUGCGAAGGUGAAAGCCCUAGAAAACCGUAACGUGAGUUUGGAAGCCGAGGUGGAACAGAGAAACACGGAACUGCAGGACACCUUGCACCGUUAUCGCAUGCUGGAGCAAAAUACAUCCGAAAAGACGAGCCGGCGAACGGACGCUCUGCUGAAAGAUUGCGAGGAGCGCCAUAACGCAAAGGUUGCUAUGAUGCAACAACAGAUCAAUAACUUGCGCAGCGAAGUUGAUGAGCGACAGCAAGAGUGUCGCCGUCUAGAGGCCCGCUACGGCGAACUGCAGAAAUCUCGUGAAGCGUUGCUGAUUGAAAAAUCCAACACGGUGCAACGGUUGCAGGAACAACUGGAGGACUCGCAGCGGCAGUGCAGCAAUUUACUGUCCAUGAGCAAAAAUCAGGGUGAUUUCGACCAGGAGCGCGUGCGAUUGCGCAGUCGCAUCGGAACACUCGAACAGGAGCAAACGGGCAUGCGACAAACGAUCGCCGAUCUCACGCAUCGACUUGAGAAAACGAUGGCCGAGCUCGAACUGAUGGACAGUGUGGUACACGCCGGCGCCACGGACAAGGAACAUCUCCAGGAAGGAGCGCACGUUAAUGGUGAACCAACACAGGGAAAAACGGAAACGCAUGCCACUGACGUUACGGCGAGCUAUGCUUUCGCGCAUCGUAACCUGAUCGGCAGCACACCGAACAACAACUUUGUACAAAAGCCUCGUGUAGCUUUCGAUGGCGACGCAGAUGCGCGGGUGGUUCGCCUGAAGAAUGAACUGCUCGCGUGCAUGGCGGGCCAGAAGGAGAAACGGGCAACCAUUUGGCAACUGGAGAGAGACCUACAAGCGCGAGAUCGUGAGCUAGAUCAGCUGAAAAAAGACGAAAGCGAAGUUUUGGUUCAAAUGAAUCAGUACAAGGAAGAAGCCUUUCGGUUGGCCUCUAAAUGUCGUAUCCUAGAGCAGGAGAUGGAAAAAAUGGCGAAACAGAUCGACACGGCUGCCACUGGUGGUGGUUCCGUGGAGAAUCGGCGCUCCAGCUACGCUUUGCGACAAGAAUCCCUGGAGGAUAGGAUCCUUACGCUGCAGAAGACAAAAUCUGAAGCGGACGAACGGAUCGACCGAUUGGAGAAAGAGAAGGCCAAUUUGGAAGAAAAGUGUCGAUCACUGAGUGCCGAAGUCAGUAUCUGCGCAGCCCUCCGGCUAGAGAUAGAGAAGCAAAAAUUUUUGCUCUCCGAUGCUCAAAACGAAUGCGAUCGUCUCAAGCGUCUGUACGUGGAUAUGAGUGCUACAAAGGAUGAGGUGGUACGCGAACUUACGACGCUGCGAUCACAGGACAGUGCGAAGCAGAUCGCUGCCCUGCAGGAGAAGGUAGUGUCAUUAGAGCGAGUAUUGCAACUGGCGGAACUCAAGUCGAGUGAACUAGAAAAGCUGCUCGACAAAGAGAAAACCAGCCACGAAACGCUGCUGCAGCAACUAUCCGGGUCGGGAGAUGGUGUAAGCAAUUCCCGGAAAAACACUCCCACCCGACAGGAGAAAAACCUCACCAACAGCUGCACAAAGUGUCUCGACGGACUGUCGCAGAUCACCAAGUUGGAAAUUGAAAAUCUCAAGCUGCAAUCGAACUGUGCUAAUCAGCUACGCGAGAUCUGUGAGCUACGGACUCAGCUGGACGAUCAGCAUGCGACGAUCACCGAGCUCCACCAUCGACUGGAUCUGAAAGCGAUACGCGACAAGGAAUUGGACGAUCUCAAGCAGAAGGCGACAGUCUUCGACGAGUUCAUGCGCAGUCAGCAUACAAAAAGCUCGGCCCCGUCACCUAGACGUGUGGACAGUUCUACUUCACCCGAGCGGAUCGUGUCACGAGACCAGAGCGUCGGUCCAGAUGAACCGGUCUCACCGGUUGAAGAGGACAGUCCCUCCAGAAGACAACAGUUACGCGAACGCGAGCAACAGGUACGCGAAGAGAUGGCACGCGCUUUUGCCGGCCAAAUGAAGCAGAUCGAGGAACGUUUCCGGGGGCAGUUUUCAGAGUUCGAGGAAAACAUGGACACUGUGAAGCAGGAGCUGCAUGACCGGAAAGCCGAGCUAAAGGUGCGCAAUCAGGAGAUAGAGGUGUUGAAGUGUGCGAUCUUAACCGAGCGCGAAAAGAUUGGCGAAUUGCUGCGUCAAAAAGAUGCCGAAGCUCGCGCGCUGUUCGACAAACAGUCCGAGCUGAUGGGAAAGUACAAAGCGGAGCUGGGCAAUGGACAGCGGAAAGUUCAAUUUCUGGAGCGUGAGCUGCAGGAAAAACGGGAACUGAUCGUUUCCGAACGGCAGUCGAUGGAGAAGUUGAUGGCACAAAUUGCCACCGAACGUACCACCCACCGAGAACGCGAACGGGAGAUGAUUGACAAGUGUACCGAGCUCGAGACCGAGUACCACAAGAGCCUCGAGCUGGUGACGGAAAAGUAUCAGUCGGCGAAGAAGACCGCUCUCAACUACAAGAAAUACGCCGAAGAUAAGGAACAGCACAUGCUGAAAGAGUACGAUCGCAUAAAGGAGGGCUACAACACGGCUCUGAUUAAAGUGCAGAACCGUAUGAAGGAAGCGUUGGACAGCAAGGAGAAAACGUUGCGCGAAAAAAUCUACAAACUAGAGGCCGAAUACGAAUCGAAGCUUGCGCAUAGAACGGAACACGCAUGAUUGUGGACAUGGCCAUUAGCUACCGUUUGCUUGUUGUUCUAGACUUUUGUGGCUCAUCAACAGCGCCACAUCGGUAAUAGUUUGCAGAACUGAUAUUGU